AUGGCAAUGAUGCUGCAUGACACCAUCAUCGAUGAACAGGAUGCACGGGAUCCUUUUCGAAAAUCAGAGCCCAGAAUCAGCUUCUCACAGCGUUGCAACACCUCACUGUCAUCUCGGUCGCCCUCAGCGUUGCAGACAAGGCCCGAGUCACUGUCUCAGAGCAGAGAAGAGGCCUUCGAGCUUAUCACCGAUGGGUACGAAAGCAUUGACCAGCAUGUUUCCAAGCUGUACGAUCGGAAUGGUUGGGACCCCAUCCAGCAGCCGCCGCAGCAAAAUUCGGUGGCGUGGCGCCUCUCCAACCUGUCAGUGUUGACAACGACACCCGCCUCGCUCCACCGCCAAGGCUCAAACAGAAGGCCACGCACCGCUAACCCGACGAUGAAGACGACGACAGUGGAGACGACCGUCAAGAAAGCCGAUGGCGGUGACGAGUUGCCGGAGCAGACGCCUCGCAAAACCAAUUUGCACCCCGACGUCUUUCUCAUUAGCAAGGGGCCCGACACAUUAGUGACGCGAACAGCUGGGCAUGUUGCAGCCUCUCGUGUCGAGACCUUCAAGCCUCACCCGGGUGUCUCUCGCAGCCACUCAAAGAGGGAAUCUACCCGCCCUGUCAUGGCCUCGGGCAGACCUCGCCACGAGUCAGCGCAACUCGACGCGCUCAAGAAAGACCCCGACUUCCUCCAGGACGUGGCCGCCGUCGAUGCUUACCUCCAAGCAGGACCAAUAUCGCCUCGGAAUGGGACAAUCAGCCCUACACAGAUGCUCAGGAGAAUCACUUCACCGAAGGCCGCUCAUGAGGAAGCUAAGGAUUCCCACCUCAGAGCUCUUCGGCAACGCUCGCAGGCGCAAGCACAAGCACGCACUUCCGUCAGGUACAUAAGGUCCAACGAGGGGCUGACGACCAACUCUAGGAGAAGGGAGGACAAGCAGUGGAGCCAAGGGUUGGGCAAAGGGCCUCCCACACGUACGUACAGGGCUGUAAGCGACGUCGGCACUCGUGAACAUCAUCCCUCAACCGCUCCUCUCAGCCCGACAUUUGAGAUUCUCAUGCCCCACUUCAGGUACGAGGACCGAUUUCACUCUCCUGCACGCCCUUCACCCCCUACGCCGGUACUGUCGCCCGACUGCGGCCACGAAUCAGACAUCUCAACGCCCUCCGCAUCUACCUCGACGCCGAGUCUGGCGCUAGGUGGCGAGAGUCCGCCGUGGUACCGGGCUGACGAGCUAGAUACACCACCACCACCACCACCACCUCUCUCUUUCUCGAUGCUGCAGGACUUUCUAAGGUCCCCGUCGAAGGGAUUGGUCACUUCAUCCUCCCUACCAAAGCAUCUCUCGAACGCCACCUCGGCCUACACAUGGCCCGACACGGCGCACAUUUCCUCGGUGACGGCUUCUCCGACGAGGACGAGACACCCUACGAUGCUGUCCAUGAGCAAGGCAGAAGACACUCGGACAACGAGAGACACGACGCUUUCGAGAGACGAUUUUGGGAAUACAGGAACGAUGGAUGAUGAUGACACAACGGCGAAGAUGCGUGACAGGGUGGUUCGCAGCAGCAAGGGCGAGGUAGCCGGUACCGGCUGGCUUGUCCGUUCUUCCUCGCAGGCUACGACGACGACAACAACACUAGAUGGAAACGAGGUGGGAGCCGAUGGAAAAACUUCGGUAUUCAAAGACGAGCUCCUGGCGCUCGACUAUGUCAAAUGGCAGAACAAGCUUUUGGAGCAGAAGUUGCACGAUGUCAAGUCGGCGAACAUGUUGAUGUAG